AUGGACUUGGCAAAUGAUCGUAAGUUGAAGUUGGCGGAAUUGGGAGUUAAGGAGCUCCAGUAUGUUCUUAGCAUGCUUGGUCUUGAAUACCAUGGAUCAGAGAGGGACCUUAGGGCCAGAAUACUAGAUACCCUGGUUUCCGAACAAGUUCCAUCAUCAACAAGUGCCUCAAUAAGGGCCUGCACAAGGGUUGCUAGAAAUGAAUUUCUUGGAGGAGCUAUUGAUUAUCUUCACAAACACAUGAUGGCGGAAAUGUUGGAGGUGCAACUAGAAGAAGCUCAACAGACUAGGCAAAAGAUCUCCUGCCUCUGUGGUUUCUCAUCACCAGAUAAUAAUAGCACUGAAAUGAUUGAGUGUGAAAAUCCACAUUGCCGUGUGCUGCAACAUAAAACCUGCGCUCUAGGCCUUGGUCCAGCUCCCCCUCACUAUUACUGCCAAGUUUGCCGCAUUAAUCGGGCGGAUCCGUUUUGGAUUGGUAGGAUUGAUUAUUCAAACAAUUUAACCAUGGGAUCCCUUGGAGUCAGGCAGGAUGUAAAUUUUUCUUCAAAACUGGAAAUGGUUGCAGAAGUUAUGUAUCUUAUUAAUCAUAAGGGUUAUGAAGUUCAGGCCUGCUGCAUUUUUCUUGAUGACGUUGAUCAGUUCAGAAUGCGCUGGCCAAGCAACAGUAAAAUCAAAGUCAAUGGAAAUGACGUGAAAACUGAGGGUAGAUUAGGCCCAGGUGGUCUCCGUGAUGGGGUACUUAUCUCAACGUACCUAGACGAGGGAUCUAAUGAUAUAUCUUUUACAGCUUCUCCAAAUGGAAUUUUUCGUUUAGGUAUAAGACUUGUAAAACCGCGGACCAUUCAAGAGGUUUGCAGUAUAAUUUGUAACAAACAAGAUGGGGAGCUCUUGAAUGAUGCUACAGCCCGCGUCAUUCGCUGUGUUACAGGUGGUGCAGCUACACUUGAUGCUGCCCAGAGGGAGUUAGAAGUGCUUGCUGACUCUGCGGCCGUUGAUCUUCGGUGCCCAAUCAGUGGUGGCAGAAUGAAAAUUGCUAGCAGAUUUAGGUCAUGCAUCCACAUGGCCUGCUUUGAUCUUGAAUCGUUUCUGGGGCUUGCCAAGACAACUAAAAAGUGGAAGUGUCCCAUAUGCUUACAAAAUUAUUCAUGGGAGGAUAUCAUCAUAGACCCCUAUUUCCAUCAUGUCAUCCGCACGAUUGAGCAGUCAGGGGCAGACACAGCAGAGAUCAAGAUUAGGGCUGAUGGCUCAUGGUUUCCAAGUAAUGAAGCCAGCACAUCCCGGACCAAUUCGAUUACUUGUGACGACUUAAGCUCCCCACAGAGGACGCCUACUAAUCAUGGAGCUUCUUUAGAUGAUCCGUUGAUUUUAAGUGAUUCUGAUUAA